AUGGCGAUUUCAACCUUAGCUAGACGAAAGGCUACAACGUUUCUGUCAUCCAGAUUCCUUUACAGCACUUCCAAGUAUUCGUUCUCUUUUACCAGAGGUUUCGCUUCAGGAUCCGAUGAGAACGACGUCGUUGUUAUCGGUGGUGGUCCCGGCGGCUAUGUGGCGGCGAUCAAAGCAGCACAGCUUGGGCUUAAAACUACAUGUAUCGAGAAACGUGGUACCCUCGGUGGUACUUGCCUUAACGUUGGUUGUAUUCCUUCUAAGGCACUUCUUCAUUCGUCCCACAUGUUUCAUGAAGCGCAACAUUCAUUUGCCAAUCAUGGUGUGAAGUUUUCUUCUGUCGAAGUUGAUCUCCCUGCCAUGAUGGGACAAAAAGAUAAAGCCGUGUCUAACUUAACACGAGGUAUAGAGGGUCUAUUCAAGAAAAACAAAGUAAACUAUGUGAAGGGAUAUGGUAAAUUCCUCUCCCCUUCUGAAAUUUCUGUUGACACUGUCGAAGGUGGUAACUCUGUUGUUAAAGGCAAAAAUAUUAUUAUUGCAACUGGCUCUGAUGUCAAAGGUCUACCUGGCAUAACCAUUGAUGAGAAGAAAAUUGUGUCAUCCACCGGAGCAUUAGCUUUGACUGAAAUUCCAAAAAGAUUAGUUGUUAUUGGUGCUGGCUAUAUAGGCCUUGAGAUGGGAUCUGUCUGGGGUCGCCUCGGCUCAGAGGUGACUGUUGUUGAAUUUGCAUCUGAUAUUGUUCCAACCAUGGAUGGUGAAGUUCGCAAGCAAUUUCAACGUGCUCUUGAGAAGCAAAAGAUGAAAUUCAUGCUAAACACUAAGGUGGUGUCAGUUGAUGCUACAGGUGAUGGUGUGAAAUUGACCCUUGAACCUUCAGCUGGUGGUGAUCAAACUAUUCUCGAGGCUGAUGUUGUUCUCGUCUCUGCUGGAAGAGUACCAUUCACUUCAGGACUUGGAUUGGACACGAUAGGAGUUGAAACUGACAAGGCUGGUAGAAUCUUGGUCAAUGAACGUUUUGCCACUAACGUCCCAGGGGUACAUGCUAUUGGUGAUGUCAUUCCUGGACCAAUGUUGGCUCACAAGGCAGAGGAGGAUGGUGUUGCUUGCGUAGAGUUCAUUGCAGGCAAGGAGGGUCAUGUAGACUAUGAUAUGGUACCUGGUGUUGUUUACACCCACCCGGAGGUGGCUUAUGUUGGGAAAACCGAGGAACAGGUAAAGUCACUCGGAGUUGAUUAUCGUGUUGGCAAAUUCCCCUUCCUAGCUAACAGUAGAGCCAAGGCAAUUGAUGAUGCUGAGGGAAUUGUCAAGGUAAUUGCUGAGAAAGAGAGCGACAAGAUAUUGGGUGUCCAUAUUAUGUCACCUAACGCAGGGGAGCUUAUUCACGAAGCUGUCCUGGCAUUGCAGUACGGAGCAUCAAGUGAGGACAUUGCUCGUACUUGUCAUGCACAUCCAACAAUGAGUGAGGCACUCAAAGAAGCAGCCAUGGCCACUUAUGACAAGCCCAUCCACAUGUAG